AUGUGUUGGAUGUUGAGGAAAAAAUUUCAGGCUAAGUCUGUUAUUGACAAUUGUGGUGGGUGGAAUGCUUUGCUUGCUCAUGGAAAAUUUUCUAUUCAGAAAUUGUAUUGCAAGCUUCUUCCUACUUGUGAUUCUGUUCCCUGGAAGAGACUUAUUUAUCAGUCUAGAGCUUCUCCUCGAAGCCUUUUCAUUAAUUGGUUACAUGGCAGGUUAUAUACUUGUGAUAAAUUGUUGAGUUGGGGGAUGCAUGUUGAUCCCAUUUCUGUUCUUUGUGGAGCUGCUCCUGAGUCUAUCAAUCACUUGUAUUUUGAGUGUGAUUAUGCUCGUGAGGUGUGGGAUGCUUGUCUUCAUGUACUGCAUAUUUCUCGACCUAUUGAGCCUUUUGGAACAGAGAUCAAGCAAGCAUGCAAGAUGAUCCAAGGAAAGCAGGCUAAGCAUGAGCUGUAUGGCAUGUUAUUUGCGGAAGCUGUAUAUGCUAUUUGGAUUCAAAGGAAUGCUAGGAAGUUUCAGCAUAACUUUACUUGUAGUCAAGUUGUUUUUAGGCAAAUUGUAUACCAUGUUGCUUGUCGUUUCAAUGGGCCUUGUAAUUUGUUGCUUUUGUAA